AUGACAAGCCAUUCUUCGUCUGUUUCGGAAGAGAAUAUUCUUGCACGAUGGUUUGAAUUAUUGUCUCAAGGUCGAACGAAUAGUUUCCAUCCAUCGACAGAGACCAAUCAAGCCGUGAGUGAUGUCUUGACUGUUGACAAUCAUUUUGUUCCAAUCGUCACGACAUCCACGCAAACAGCAACAACAGAAACUAGAAAAUCUUCUCCUCCUUCAUCAUCCUUUUUGAAUAUGAGUGAAUAUAUUGGUCAACUAGUUUUCCAACAAGAACGAAUCGAUUCGGAUGAAUUACAAAUUCAUCAACAAAUUAUUUCUCAUCAAUCGGAAUUUGUGAAAUUUUACAAAAAUGUGGAAUGGACCGUGAUUCAACAACUAUCAAAGUUUUAUGGAAUUCAAAAAAAUCAACAAGAACAAGCAUUGGAAUUAUCCACUCUUCAAUAUUUAAAUUUACAAGAAAUGCGAGAUUUGGCAAGUGACAAGCGAGGUCCUACACUCUUACAUCGAGCGUGUCAAUAUAAUUAUCCUAAUUUAGUUGCGUUUUUAAUUCGCUAUGGAGGAGGAGCCGAUGCAUUUUCAGUACUCGAUAACAAUUUAUCAACUCCUUUACAUUACGCUUGCAUGUCAGGAGCUUUCAAAGCCGUGACAGUUCUAUUAAGCUUACAUCGAAGCUUGUGUAUAACAUCUAAAAUUGACAUUAUUUCCAUGAAAGACACUUUUGGAAAUACUCCUUUACAUUUAGCCAUGCAAAAUUCACAUUUUGAAAUUUUACAAACUCUUAUUGAUUAUCAACCUCAAUGUAUCAACUUGAAAAAAACUGGAAAUUCACAAUCCCUCCUUCAUAUUGCUGUCGAGAACUUCAACGUGAAGGGAUUGAAACUAAUUUUGGAACAAAAUUCACAUCGAAAUCCAAUUCUACAUUCAUUGGAUCAAUUGAAGUGUACUCCUUUAUUGUACGCGAUCAAAUGUUAUUCAAAAGAUGAAAAAGAAGAACAAGUGGCGAAAUGGACAAGAGCUUCUUCGUCGUCUGGUACCGCUGUCGUGGUGCAGGUGUCACCUGUUUCGACCUUGAAUUCUCCGAGUCGAUUGUUUCCUUCUUGGGAUAUUGAAAAUUCUCCAAAUUUGGAAAGUCAGAAUUUUUCUUUGGAAGGAUUAUUGCUAGAUGAACAAGACAAGUCUCCAAAAAACAAACACCAACAUUGGAAUCGAUUGUAUUUUCUCUCUUAUUUAAUUUCCAAAGAAAUUGAAUAUUCAUCCAAUCAUUCCAAAAAUAGCAAUCUUUCAAUCACCAAUUCUAGUAAUUCUCAAAAAGAACAACCAUCACUUCUAACCACCCAUGACAAUAACCUUCCUGAAACCCUACCUAUGGAUACUUUUUCCAAACUUCAUCUUUCCUCUCAAACCGAUGUCAACAAACGAAAUUGUUUUCAUUUAGCAGCUCUUCAUGACUGUUGUGAUUUUAUUCGAAUUUUCACACUCAUGGCGGGCUAUGGUGAAAUUUCCGAGUUGAUGAUUGCUCAGGAUUUUGAAGGAGACACUCCGUUUCAUAUAGCUUGUCGAACGGGACAAGUUCAGAUUGUUGAAAUUUUUUUACAAAUUUUUGAAAUAUUUAGAGAAGUGAAUGUUGACAGUUGGAACGAUUUCAAUAAUUUGUCACAGAUGCGUCAACAACAACAACAAAAUUUGAAAAAUCAGAUGCAAGAUUCAUCAUCAAUAGAUUCAACCUUCAUGUUUUUCCAAAUUAAGAAUAGGAAGGGAGAAACUCCAUUACACUCUGCAGUUUCAUCAUUGAUCGAAGUUCAUCAACAUUUGAAAAAUGCUUCAAAAUCGAAAAAUACAAGUUCAGAAUUGUUGCAACAAAAACAGCUUAAUGGAGAUUUAUUAACAGUUAAAGGUACAAGUCCUUACAAUGCUGCCAACAAGGGCACAAAAUCAUUUCUUCAAAUUUCACACAAACACAAAAAACAAAAUUUAAGGAAAAUUAUUUCAAAGCUAUGGGAAGAUUCACGAGUGGAUAUUCAUUCGAAAAAUAACUCGGGCAGAAGUAUUUAUGAAAGUUUACGAGAUUUUACAGAUUUCUUUCAAAAAACUAACAUUUCACAAGUUAAUAAUUCUAUGACGAAAACGACGACGCCAACAACUUCUACUACCACUCUUACUUCUCCAAGUUCUCUCAUGAUGUUGUCAGGAACGAGAUCUUCGACAAAAUUUUUUUCAAAACCCUUAUUUUCUUUCUUUUCAGAUUCGACUCCUUCCAAAAGUGCAACGACAACGACAACAACAACCAGUCGGUCGAUGAAUUCACUACUGGAUCGGGCAUCCAGUCAAUCCACAGCACCUUCCUCACCACGAAGAAGGACGAAUGUGUCAUUUAAUUCAGUAUUCAUGUAA